GAAUCGAAACUCGUUGUACCGGCUAGUCAGCUAAACGUGUACUUUGCACCCUUCUACUUCAUAACUCAGUGCUUCUGCUAAAGCGAAUAUCCGGACAUCUUCUGUGGAUGUCUGGUGCAAGGCUCAGGAAACAAUUGUAGUUUCCUGCAGCUAAAGCCAAUCAUAAACGCGGAUGACGAUUAAGUCACAGACAGUGUCCAAUGAGAAUCUAUGAAACUUCCAGUGGGCAGAUCCAUUCCCAUUCACAGCUGUGGACGAUCGUGGACAGCAGCUUGUCGAGUCCCAUCAUUCAGGUUAGGUCACUGCAACGGUGUCUUGAGCUGGCAGAAGUGAAAUGGAAUGAAUGGGGGAAUACUUAGGCCAGCUCAGCUUGUAAACAACAGAAUCACAGCGUCACUGUAUGUUUAAACGGCACCUACUACCCCUGAACUAUUCAGAAAGAUGGAAGUUGACCCUCCACCCCCAGGGACACCACCAACCUCUCCAACCCCCUUAAUCCCCCCUGCGGCAUCUAGUCCUCGCACUCCUGCAGUCUCCUCACCUUCAACAGCCUCUCCAUCCCCAACGGCGGCCAAAUCCUCUCCUCCCCCUGCCGUCCCUACUCUACCAGCCGCCGCUGCUCGCUCCAACCCUCCUGUUUCUCCAUCCUCCCCAUGCCUGCCCACUCCCCCAGCCACGGCUACUGGCUCCACCCCUCCAGUCACUCCGCCCUCCCCAAGCCUCCCCACCCCCCCGGCCGCCGCUGCUCGCGCCAGCUCUCCCGCAUCUCCGCCCUCUCCGCCUGCCUCCGCCCCCCGCCCGGUGCCCCCCCAGAGCCCGCCCGCCAGGCCCGCCCCUCAGCAUGGCCGCUCUCAGCUGAACGCGGCCAGCGGCUUCGCGCGGCUCGCCCAGACCCUCGUGGUGGAGGAGAGGCGGAUCUCGGCGGACAUGGAUUCACCUGGAGGGUCCCCGCGACGUGCACAGCAGCCUGAAGCCGAAACCAAGCCGGAGGAGGAGCUGACGUUCGAGGAGCUGGAGGAGAAGGCAAAGUCCGGAGAUGCUAAAGCCCAAACAGACAUUGGGAGAUACUACCUGAAGCUGGCUGAGCAGGAGGACGAAGAACUGAACAACUGCAACGCUGUCAGCUGGCUGGUUCAGGCGGCCAAAAAUGGCCGCAAGGAUGCCGUCAGGCUCCUGCAGCGGUGCCUGGCGGAGAGGAAAGGCAUCACCGCCGAAAACGUGGAGGAGGUGAAGAAGCUCUCCAUGGAGACCAAGUUUGAGCGCGCGGUGAGGAAGGCCGCCCUGCUCAUGUACUGGAAGCUGAACCCAGAGAAGAAGAAGAAGGUGGCCGUGUCCGAGAUGCUGGAGAACGUGGGGCAGGUCGACGCCGACAUGGAUGCCCCGGGCAAGCCAGGGCCCGUCUCCAGCUCGCUGCAGAAACAGAGGAGAGUUCUGGAGACACUGGUCACCUCUGAGUCCAGCAAAUUUGUGGGUUUGGAUGAUUUCGUGGAAAUCACCAAAAAGUACGCACAGGGCAUCGCCCCGUCCUCAGAACUGGACCAGGGCGACGACGAUGACGACGACUCCAUGGCGGGAAAGCACCCGGACGACCUGCCCCUGCACCAGAAGGAGGCCCCUAUUGAUGAUAAGUGGAGCGAGAAUGGAGGUCCGCUUGCCAUGGCCCACGUUCCGCCGGUUCCCGCCGAGGGGGCCCUGGGAGUCAAAAAGCCCAGCCCGCCGACGGAGUCAAUCUGCCGGAAAAUGCUGAUGUCCAGAUGGGGUGUAGGGAGGAGCAAGAGGUUGGACAUUAAUGACAACAGCACAAUGCUGAGAAGAACUUUGGAUUUUAAAACCCACUUUCUGAUUCUGAAGUACCCGAUUCAUGCCAUCAUGGAGAUUAAGGAGCACCUGAUCGACUGGGCAUCACGCGCUGGCCUGCAGUGGCUUAGCACCAUCAUCCCCACCCACCACGUCAACGCCCUCAUCUUCUUCUUCAUCAUCAGCAACCUCACCAUCGACUUCUUCGCUUUCAUCAUUCCCCUGGUCAUCUUCUACCUCUCUUUUAUUUCUAUGGUGAUCUGCACCCUGCGGGUCUUCCAAAACAGCAAGGCCUGGGAGAACUUCCGGGCUCUGACCACACUGCUGACCCGCUUCGAGCCCGGCCUGGACAUGGAGCAGGCCGAGACCAACUUCGGCUGGAACCACCUGGAGCCCUACCUGUACUUCAUCGCUUCCGUCUUCUUCGUCAUCUUCUCUUUCCCCGUGGCGGACAAGACCUGGAUCCCCUGCUCGGAGCUGGCCACCGUCGCCAUCUUCUUCACCAUCACCAGCUACAUGAGCCUCAGCUCGUCGGCGCAGACCUACACCCGGCAGGCCAUGGUCAUUGAGGUGGCCUCCUCCAUCUGUGCCAUGACCAGCUUCCUGCCCGAGCGCAUGGGCCUGGCCCGCUUCCUGGGCCGGACGUUCCUCACUGUGCCCAUCAGCGAGUUUGUGGUCCUGAAGAUCAGCAUCCCGUGCCUCCUCUACAUGUACCUCUUCUACCUGUUCUUUCGGAUAGCCCAUAUGCGCAACUUUAGGGGCACCUAUUGCUUCCUGGUGCCCUACCUGGUGUGCUUCAUGUGGUGCGAGUUCUCGGUGGUCCUGCUGCAGAACUCCACGGGCAUCGGGCUGAUCCGCACCUGCAUUGGCUACUUCCUGUUCCUGUUCGCUCUGCCCGUGCUCACCCUGGCCCUGGCCGCCGUGCUGGUCAUCCAAGUCAUCAAGUGGUUCCUGGCCCUGGAGCUGACCAAGAUGAUCGUGACGCUGGUGGUGUGCGCCAUCCCGGUCAUCCUGAGGCUGUGGACGCGCUUCAGCCUCUCCCUGCUGGACGUGCUCAAGUCCCUGUCCAAGAGCAGCGUGGUCAAGCUCAUCCUGGUCUGGAUCUCGGCCAUCAUCCUCUUCUGCUGGAUGUACGUGUACCGCUCGGAGGGCAUGAAGGUGUACAACUCCACGCUGACCUGGCAGCAGUACAGCUUCACCUGCGGCCCGCGGGCCUGGAAGGAGUCCAACAUGGCCAAGACCCAGAUCCUGUGCAGCCACCUGGAGGGCCACCGCGUCACCUGGACGGGCCGCUUCAAGUACGUGCGGGUGACGGAGAUCGAGAACGGAGCGCAGUCCGUCAUCAAUCUGCUGCCCGCCUUGGUGGGCGACUGGAUGCGCUGCCUGUACGGCGAGGCUUACCCAGCCUGCGACCCCCAGAACGCCACCCUCCACGAGGACGAGCUGUGCCGCCUCAAGUUCCUGGCCAAGCACGAGUGCCACAUCAAGCGCUUCGACCGCUACAAGUUCGAGGUGACGAUGGGAAUGCCCCUGGACAGGAAGGGCCGGAACGGCACGCUGGAGGACGACGACGCCACCAAGGACAUCGUCCUCAAGGCCAGCAACGAGUUCAAGAAGGUCCUGCUGAACCUGGGGGCGGGCAGCACGGUGGAGUUCAGCACGGUGCUGGAGGGCCGCCUGGGCAGCAAAUGGCCGGUGUUCGAGCUCAAGGCCAUCCACUGCCUCAACUGCGUCUCCAAGCUGGUGCCCGUGGGCAAGCAGUACAAGAUCGAGCCCGACUGGAGGGGCACGGCUCAGCAAGCCAUUAAGUUCGCCUUCGACUUCUUCUUCAACCCCGUCUUAUCUGCCAGGAUAGAGUAGCGUCACUGCGGGGGAAGAGGUGGGCUACUGUGUUACGAUGCUGCGCUGUUUGAAUGUACUGAGGUGUACCUUCGUAGUUCACCACGGUAACUAUGUAAUGCCUUAUAUAUAUUUUGUGCGUGUGUCUCAUGUAACAGAGAUGCACAUUAUUUUCACUACAGUAGACAAUGUACAGUAAGUAUAUGUAAAUAUAUUUACCCAAUGGACAGUAAAUAUAAAUAUAAAAUAUACCUCUACAGUGAACCAACAUGCGCAGCCAUUGGGAAUUAGGCUAACGUUAAUUUAUUACACAACUGGCUUAUUGUUCAUCUGAGAGAACCAGCACAGGUGUUCUCGCAUUCGCGGAAGGAAGAAACUUCCAGAAGACACGGUUGAUAGAUGCCUCCUGUAAUCCUGAGCUCCGGCGUCCGGUGGACCUAUGGAAAGACAGCAUGGCAGCCGGCAUGGCUUACGCAUUCAUGAAGCGUUCUCCACACGCAGGGACAACUGCUGCGCUCUGUCACGGUGCACCUGUGGGCUCGCGUGUCACCCAGGGAAGACGAAUGUGAGGGGGGCCGCAGUGGAGGAAUCACCACAUGUGCAGUAAAGCAGCGGGCUGGCUCACGCUUCUCACAAAGGGGUCCAUUGUGUGUUUGGCCUCAACGCAUUUCAGAUUAGUGAGAAGGUGUCACAUUCUCCGAUUAGUUAUAAUCUGCAAAAUACACGUAUGCUAUACUAGAUGUACUUCAUCAUGAAUGAAAUUCCUCCCACUAAAUUAUUUUGAACACAGGAAAUAUUCAUAUACCUUCAUGUAUUCACAUACAUACACACACGCAUGCAAAUAAUUAAAAAACGUCCUCUGUUGUGUAAUCGUACUUACCAAUGAGCACAUAGCCAUUCAUGGAUUUGUAGUCUAACAUUGACAGAAAUAUAGAGCCUUAAUUCAGAGCCAUAAAAUCAGAGCAAUAGUCAGUUUACCAUUAUUUAAUGCUUUUUUAAAACCUGUGUUUAAAAAAAAUCAGUACAUGGAUGCUCUAAAGGAAUACAGUAGAUGUAUAUCCCUUUUAGAGAACUGUGGUAUUGUUCCUUAUUCUUUUCAUGAAUCAUUCAUUUGUUGCGUGUCUUUUACUGUGUGAGUAGAGAAGCUUUUUGUGUGAAUGGAGUUCUAUGAGCAUGAGGUCUGAAUCAUUUGAAAGCCAACUGUCAAGCACAGUGGGGUGAGCUUGUAUGUUCAGAGCUGGAAUCUGUUCGAAGCCAGAUUUUUAGCCAAGGAUUUGCUUCCACCUACAAACGGUGUUUCUCAGUUCAUGGUUGGAGAUCCACUGGUGGGUUUAAAGAGGUGCUUACUAUCAGCAUGUGGCAACUGGCAAGGUGCCUGUACUAAAACUGAUUAUGCACCUUCCACAGAAGCUUACACUAAUGAAACUAAGCAGCAGUAAUUGGUGCAAAUGCUGAUAAAAUCUUGGUAUUAGAUUACAUUUUAUAGUGGUGGUUAGAGCCAUUGUGUUCACUCAUUAAGUUGGUUGUUUUAUUGUGUUGGAAUGUUUGGAAACCUCUGCCUUAAAUUAUAUUUUGUUGUAAUUUUCUAGUUCUGGCUUCACCUGUGGCUUUCCCUCAGAAAAUAUAUUUUUUGCUGUUGAGCAGCUGUAUAGGAGUUCCCUAAUUUCAAUAAGAAAGUUGAGUAUGAGGGGGGAGGAAGGCCUGUUUAACGUUAAUUGAUAAUGUAGUCAAAAUGGAAUCCUGAAAAUGUAAAUGUUUCCUGGAAAUACUGCUGUAAUCCCACCACUGUGAUGAAUAAAGUGUCAUCAGCCAACGG